AUGAUAAUUCAUCCUGUAAUUUGUUAUAUUUUCUGGAAUUCUGAGUGGAAAGAAUCUGUAUUUCAAAUAAAAAUUGCAAAUUUAUUAAUUCACAGUACUUCAGAUAAAUUUUUAAAUGCUUUAUUAGAAGUUUUAAUGUGGCAAAAUAUUGACAUGCAACACUGUUUGAUUCUUCAAGAUGUUUUUAAUUUUUUAUUAAAUAAUGUCAAUCCAAAAAGUAAAUUAAUUCUCUCAGCUUUGAUUCCUUUCUUAGCUGAGUCAAUAAAGUGGAUUAUACUGAAUGGUUACAAUCCGACUUGUUGGAUUAAUUUGUUAAAAACUUGUAUUGAAACUUCUCACACAGCUUUGAGUCUUGUUUUAUUUAUAAUAACAGAUAUAAUAUUGGAUACUCCAUCAUGUUAUAUAAAUGAAUUAAUGUCUAUUUCUGUUGCUUUAAAUUGGAUUAUAAAUCCAUCUAGUUUAUGUCAUGGAAAUAUUCAAAUUGUCGAAGAAAUAAUUACAUUUGUAGGAAAAAAUAUCGAAGAUUGGAACGAUCAAACUAGUGAAUUAUUGAGAAAUGAGUACUUUAAAAAUUUUGGAUGUAACAAUAUGAAUAUUAAAUUUGCUCUGGAUUGUAUAAUUAUCAGCAAUAAUUGGAAUAACAGUAUUGAAUCGUUACACAAAUGGUUAUUAAAUUUAAAAAAUUCAAAUAAGAAAGAGGUUCAAUUCCAAUUACACACAUUCCUCUUUGGCAUAGUUCUUUGUGAAAAUAAUAAAAAUAUAAUACAAAUUUCUUUGGAUAUACUAUUUGAUAUAAUGAGUUAUUAUAAAGAUAUAUCAUUUUCAUUAUUGUGCCUAUUAUUUCACAAACUCGUUAAGGAAUCUCAUCCUAUUAUGCAAAAAAAAUAUUUAUUUUGCUUACCAUCCUUGGCUGUUCAAAAGGAAAACAUUCCUUUAAUAAUUGGAAUAAUAGAAUCAUUAAAAAAGGGAAAUUCAACAAUUAUGACUCCUGUAAUUAUUCAACUUUAUUUAAAAUUGUGGAAAGUAGAUAAUCGAACGUAUUCAUAUUUACACAAAAUGCUGCACGAAUACCCUUCAGAAAAUUUGAAAUUGGAAUUAAAUUUAAGUAAAGCCAUUGCUCUAAAAGAAAUUUGUUGCGUAGCUCCUCAUUUUCACGGGAAAAGUGUUAUUGGUUUAUUAAGUAAAAUACUUAAUGAAUCUGAAGAUGAAGUUCACGGUUCUGCUUCCGCCUUAUCCAUUGAAGCAGUCAUCGAACUUUGUAAAGCUUGUGUAAUAGAUAUUUCGGGUACUUGGGAUGCUAUUCGACCUAAAUUAAGCAUUGAUAAAAGGCCAAAAGUUAUUAAAGCAUUGUGUAGCUUCUUUGGUGAAAUACCUAAUAUACAUAUUCCUGAAAAAAAAUUUGAUCAGCUUAAAGAAGAUAUUAUACCCCUCCUUUGGAAUUUUACUUUUUUAAAUAAUGAUGAAAUUGCAGAGGAAGCUUUUCGUGCUCUAUCAAAAUUCGAAAUUGAAAAUUUUGAAUUGAAAUUAAUUCCUGAGAUUUAUAAAAAAGAUAUAAAAUCGUCGAAACUUAAUUCAGAAAAUACUGAUAUUAAAUAUACAAAAAACACAUUAAGUAAUUCAAUUGAUUCAGAAAUGGAUACGACAGAACUUAAUUACGUACCAGCCGAAUGCUGGUUGGAAUUGUUAAAAAAUAUGGAACAAAAUAAUAGUAAAAAAGGAAUUAUUUUAAUAACUGCUGUUCUUAGUAGAGAAUUAGACGCAAUGCCAAGAGGAGUUUUUUAUUGGCCCCCCGAAAAACCAGAACCCACAAGUUAUUCCUAUCUUUCUCAAAAAAGUGUAUGCCGUAUAUUAAUGGACACACUAAUAAAACAAUCAAAAAAAAAGUCUACAGAUUUGCCUGUGUACAUUAAAGAAAUUAUUUAUGUAUUAUCUCAGGAGUAUUGUAAAAAUUUACCACCGUUAAAUUGGUACUUCAUGACUCAUUUUAUGUCUUUAGGUGAUGAGUAUUUGUUGCACAGUUUAGGUUUAUUGUUAAAACAAGGUUCUUCUUCACCAACAGCCAAAGCUUUGCUAGAAAAUUACUUUAUUGAUACAACCUGGAAUUGGGAAAAGUUGGAUGAAAUAUCAUUUUUAUACAAUAAAAUUUCAUAUUUGUAUCAAGCCAUUUCAUAUAAUACACUCAAAAAAUUUAUGGAAAACACUUUAAAUUUAUGUGUUAAACUCGCUUUAGAAAAUGACGACAGCACGUACCUUGAAAAAAAUUUAAAAUCCUUAACGGUAACUUUGAAUAAGGAUGAUUUAAAUGGUGAGCAAAGAACAUUAUUUCAAAAUCUUUUGAAAAAUGUUAUAGAAAUGAUUCCUGCUGAGCAUAAAAUUAUGGAAAGUUGUGCUCUCUGCGUAAUUAAUUUCCCAUUGAGUUUAAUUGAAAAAAUUACAUCAAUAGAUUCCACAACAGAAAUCGACAAUGAUUUUUUGUUAAAAGCAAUUAUAAUUAAAAGCGAAUUAGGAAUUCGUACGGAAAUAAUUAAUCCGUUGGAUUUACUAAAUCCCCUGAUAUAUUUAUCGGGAUCAAUACCAGAGUAA